CAGCGGGGAUGGCGGCAGCGGCGGAGGUCCCCGUGAUCGACCUGCGCCUCGCCGGCUCGGCGUCGGAGGAGUCGGCGCGCCUGCGGGCCGCGUGCGAGCGGCAGGGCUGCUUCCGGGUGACCGGGCACGGCGUGCCCCGGGGGCUCCUGGCCGAGAUGAAGGCCGCCGUGCGCGCGCUCUUCGACCUCCCCGACGACGCCAAGCGCCGCAACACCGACGUCAUCCCCGGCAGCGGCUACGUCGCGCCCAGCGCCACCAAUCCGCUCUACGAGGCCUUCGGGCUCAUCGACGCCGCCGCGCCCGCCGACGUCGACGCCUUCUGCGCGUGCCUCGACGCGCCGCCGCACCUCAGGGCGACCGUGAAGAGCUACGCGGAGCGGAUGCACGACGUGAUCGUCGACGUCGCCGGCAAGCUGGCCUCGAGCCUGGGGCUGGAGGAGCACUCGUUCGGGGACUGGCCGUGCCAGUUCCGGAUCAACCGGUACAACUACACGAAGGACACGGUGGGCUCCUCCGGCGUGCAGAUCCACACGGACUCGAGCUUCCUCACCGUGCUCCAGGAGGACGAGUGCGUGGGCGGCCUCGAGGUGCUGGACCCCGCCGCCGGCGAGUUCGUGCCCGUGGACCCCGUCGCCGGCUCCUUCCUCGUCAACAUCGGCGACGUCGGCACGGUGUGGAGCAACGGGAGGCUGCACAACGUGAGGCACCGGGUGCGGUGCGUCGCGCCGGUGCCGCGCAUCUCCAUCGCCAUGUUCCUGCUCGGGCCCAAGGACGGCAGGGUGAGCACGCCGGAGGCGUUCGUGGACGCGGGCCGCCCGCGCCGGUACAAGGAGUUCAACUACGACGACUUGCGGAGGCUCCGGCUGUCCACCGGCGAGCACGCCGGCGAGGCGCUCGCGCGGUUGGAGGCGUGACGUGGCCGCCUGAUCCGGAAGCCCUUUACUGAACUGGAGGCGCUAAAUUGCACGAGCAUAGUCCCAGAGCUUGCAAAUUGGGAAGAAGGAUGAGUAUGACUAUACGAGACAUGCGAGCGAAUUGUGAACUGCUACCUAUUCCGAUCAAUAAAAUAGUAUCACUUGCGAGUUGCAAUACCAUGCAAGCGAAUUGUGAACUGCUACCUAUCCCGAUCAAUAAAAUAGUGUCACUUGCGAGUUCCAAAUUAUUA